GAGAGAAGCGCCAGAGUGGGCGUGAGAGAGAGAAAACAAACGAUGCGGCCUCUGGACGAGAACGAGACCACCCAAGUCUUCGAAAAGCUUUUCAAAUUCACAGGCAACAACCUCAAGAACAUCGUUGAAAACCCAUCUCACGAAGGCCCUGAAACAAACCCAGGUCGCUAUUGCUUUCGUUUGCAGAAAAACAGAGUCCACUAUGUGAGCGAAUCUCUAGUCAAGCGAGCCACAAACAUCAAACGAGACAAGUUGGUCUCUUUGGGCACAAGCAUUGGGAAAUUCACUAAAGGUGGUAGCUUUCAUUUGACUAUACAGUGUUUGAAUCUUUUGGCUGCCAAUGCCAAACACAAAGUCUGGCUAAAACCCACUUCAGAGAUGUCCUUUUUGUAUGGAAACCAUGUGUUAAAAGGUGGUUUGGGGAGGAUUACUGAGAAUAUUGUGUCUGGUGAUGGGGUGGUGGUGUUUUCCAUGGCGGAUGUGCCGUUGGGGUUCGGAAUUGCGGCGAAGUCUACGCAGGAUUGUAGGAAGAUGGAUCCCAAUGGGAUUGUGGUGCUGCACCAGGCGGAUAUUGGGGAGUAUCUGAGAAUGGAGGAUGAGCUUUGAAUUUUGAUUGAAGGGUCAGCAGUUUUGGGAAAUUUUGGUGAGUAGGUUGGAGUUGGCCUGGGAAUUAAUCUGGGGCUUUGUAACUGGGUUUUGGCCGGUCAUUAUAUGUUUUGAUUUGUGGAAUUCUGAUUGAUUGCUUGAUGUAUGAAUGUGAUAAUUUGCAUAAAUGCCUGUUUUUCUCUUAAUACCUCUUUGCUGCAAUAUUUACUCGACUAUAGAUAUGAAUUGGGUUGCAUUUCGAUGUCAACAUGCAGGUUUUGAGGUGUUUUUUGCUAUGAACAAGAGUUCAUUUGUAUUGGAUUUGAAGGAUGCACGGUUGAGUCGUUCAAAAUUUGGAAAUCUAUGUGUAUAAAUAUCUAAUGUAUGCCUGCAGCGUGAAGUUCUUAAAAGUGGGAAACUUUUGGUUUGGUGUGAGUGAGUGUUGGUUAUUUUUUACUAAACAGUAUUGUUGAGUAUAUGGCAUUCGCAUUGAACUGCUAUACUGACAUGAAAUGUGAUUAUUAAUAUGAUAUGGGUGAAUGGUGAGGUUUUGGGAUUUUUGAU